AUGUCUUCCGAGGAUGCAGCUCUGUCCGCCAUCUACAAGGCCGCAGAUGCCCUUCUAGAUAACGCUUCUCACUUUCAGUGCAUGAUGGACAAUGCGAAAGUUGGUCCCAAGUGCAAGCAACUCGCUUUGAAUGUGUUGCCGAAGUACGUCAGCAAGUUUCCUGAGAUGGCAGAUUCUGCCCUGGAUAUCCUCAUCGACUUGUUCGAGGAGAGCGACAAGUAUCACCUCAAAGCCAUUCAAGGAUUCCGUGUCAUUGCCAGCUCAGCUUCCUCUCCCGUGAUCUCCAAGCUGGUGGGAGUUCUUGGACAAAUCAUUUUGUCAGAGGAUGAGAAGGAAGUUGAAGCAGUCAACGAUGCGUUGGUUCAAGCUUUAGAGAGGGAUGUGAAAGCUACUCUUUCAGCGCUGUUUGAACAGAUGAGCUCAGAUGAACAGCUUCGGAGCAAAACGACAUCGUUCAUUCAGAGAGAACUCAUACCACGGGCAAACUCCCUUCUGAACUCAUCUGAUGAAGUACAAUCUUUUGUUUCGGAAAACUUGAAAAGAAUCAUGGGCUCUGGCAUCAAUUCAAAGGAAUUCAAUCUGUUCAUGAAAGUUUUGUUCUGCAUGAACAAGUACAAGAAUGGAGAGGAGGGAGCUAACGAGCUUUUGGACUUUGUUCACACGUCUAUCGAUCUUAAUUCGGACUUUUCUCCGAAUUCAGAUCAAGCGGACAAAUUCAUUCUAUGUGCAGGCAGCGCAAAGCUGAUCUUCCAGCACGGUGCUUCACCAUACAAGCUUUUCAGCUAUAUUUCCAAGAAAGUUCUGCCUAAAUUUGAAGAAAUGAGCGAGACUCAUCAAAUAAGCUUGCUGAAAACCGUUGCUGAAAUUUCUCCAUUUGCGCUAGGAUCGUCAGCGAGAGAAUUAGAUGAAGAUUUCAGCGCAAAGCUCAAUCAAUUGCACACUUCCUUAUCCUUGAUGCUUUCAGAAAGCAAAAAGUUUGCAGCAAAGCUUCGAGAGGUUCAAAAGAAAUUGAAUGAGGAAAAUCCGACAACGGAUAAUGCCAAGAAAGAACUACAGACCAAAAAAGAAUCCUGCUUGAUGUCUUUGAAGUCCUGCACGAACAUCAUCGCCAUGGCAAACAGUUUGAAGGAGCUCAACUUGAAGGAUCCCAAAUUCUUGGCAGAGAAAGCUGCAGUCAACCUGCACAAGCGACCAAUGGCGGAGGGCGACCAAUGCGCGGAAGCGGCUCUGGUGCUGGGUUCUCAGGACGCGGGCGAGGAGGACAAUUCGGAGGGCAAGCAGGCGGCCGAGGAGGACGAGGCGGCGGAGGCGGGCGAGGUGGACGAGGACAGGGAAUGA